AUGAUGCGUUUCACCGCCUUAGCAUGGCUGGCGACGGCCACCUACGCCCUCACGCCCAGCCGGAAGAUCAAAGUCGCGCGCAAAAAUACUUUGGAUUCGAGUGUCACCUUCGACGAGUAUUGUAACAGCGUAUUAACAACCAGUUACGCCCUCGACGAGUCUUCAUACAGGUACCAAAACAUCAUGGAUCAAUGUAUUGUCAACUCCGACAGCGAGUCGGCCAUUGAGGACUGCCUGAAGCUCACGAAGCAGUUCGAGAUCGUCGACGUGCCGCCCCUGGACACGAAGAUGGCGGCCAACCGCGCCCAGGCGCAGCUCGAGACGCUCGCCUCCGAAAAGAACCCGCUCGCGGCCCCGAUCCACCUCGAGUACUACGCCUUGCUCGCUUUGGUCGUCAUCCUCUACGUGGACAUCCUGGACGUGGCCGGGAUCGUCGCGCGCUUCCAGCACUAGGCACAGUGCUUACAGAACUCCGCCGGUCCCGAAGGAUCGCGCGCUAAACCUAUCUUGUGAUUCUUCAU